GCCGUGGUCGCAACAUCAACAGUGCCAGUCUCGCCUACAAGCCAGCCUUCAUCCUCCUCUCUCCUUGACUUCAGAACACACGCAGCGCGAGCCAACGAUGGGCAAGUUUGAGAACCCAAAGACGACGCACUUUGAGUUCGGCGGCGUGCCUGGGGCCACAGUGAUGGUCCUGGGGCUGCCGGUCGCCGUGUACUUCCUGUUCUUCAUGUGCAACGCGGAAAAGGGCGACUGCUCCCUCACGUCGCUGCCAGCACUGGACUCGCUGCCUCCACUGCGCGAGUGGGUGUCGUGGGACGCGGCAGCGGUGCUGCUUGGCUGGUUUGCCUUUCAGGCUGCCCUCUACAUGUUUGUUCCGGGUCAGGUGUGCGAAGGCCUUCCCCUCAGGGAUGGAUCAAAGCUCAAGUACAAGUGCAACGGGUUGCGUGCGUUCUUCAUCACCAUGGCUGUGGUACCAGCGCUGCACUUUGCGGGCGUCAUCAACCUGGCCUACAUCUACGAUUCGUUUUUGCAGCUGGUGACCGUGUGCAUGAUCUUCUGCCUGCUCUUGAGCAUCUUCCUCUACCUCAAGGCCCGUCAGCCCGGCGCCAUGCUCGCCGAGGGCGGCAACAGCGGGCACAUGGUGUAUGACUUUUUCAUUGGCCAUGAGCUUAACCCGCGCAUCGGGGACUUCGACUUUAAGUUCUUCUGCGAACUCCGGCCCGGCCUCAUCGGAUGGGUGCUCAUCACUUUGGGGAUGAUGGCCAAGGAGUAUGAGCGCACCGGCAGCGUGUCCACCGCCAUGAUCCUCGUCACCGCUUUCCAGACCUGGUACGUCUUGGACGCCUUCUACUCAGAGCCGUCCUUGCUGUCGACAAUGGACAUCUGCAUGGACGGGUUUGGCUACAUGCUUGUCUUUGGCGACCUGGCCUGGGUUCCGUUUACAUACACCCUGCAGUCGCGCUUCCUCGUGGACUUUCCGCAGCACCUCUCCCCAGCCAUGGUCGCCGCCAUCGUCGCAUGCCAGCUCAUCGGCUACUGGAUCUUCCGUUCGGCCAACGGGCAGAAGGACAUGUUCAAGCGCAACCCGAACCACCCGUCUGUGAAGCAUCUUGAGACGAUUGAGACUGCCCGUGGCACGAAGCUGAUUGCCUCUGGCUGGUGGGGCCUUGCUCGCCAUAUCAACUACUUUGGCGACCUCCUCAUGGCCCUUGCCUGGUGCCUGCCGUGCGGUGAGGCCGACGUCUGCUCUGUGUGUGUGUGUGUGUGUGUGUGUGUGUGUGUGUGUGUGUGUGUGUUCGUGGUGGAUGCCACUCUUUGUGCGUGUGUGUGUUAUGGAGCUGCCUGGGACAAGUACUGCAAGCGCGUUCCCUAUCGCAUCGUCCCAUACGUCUACUGA